AACAAAAUGAAAAGAAAGAUAUAAAUAUAUCCAUAGAGAGAGUGAGAAGGAGAGAUGGCGGAAGCAGCAACGGAGUUCCUGCUUAACAACCUCAGGGAGGUAGUGAAGCACCACGCCCAUCUCAUCAGAGACGCGAAGGGCGACAUUGAGAAACUCGAAAGGGAUCUCAACACCUUCAGAGCCUUCCUCGAGGACACCGCGAAGAUGGGGAAAAAGAAUGAGAAAAUAAUGAAUAUGUGGAAGGAGAUUCACGAUGUUGUUUUUGAGGUAGAGGAUGUCGUUGAUUUCUACCUCGCAAAGGCCAACGAGGAAGGCCGGCAAGGUCGUUUCGCUAGACUGCUCAAAAAUCGCGCGACCACUCUUCAAAGCGUUGGCCAGAAGGUCGAGAGUAUCAAAGGCAGGGUGGAUGUGAUGAAGAAUGAAAUCAGUUUCCACAGAUUCGAUGAAGGCAGAGAUGAAACACCUCAGCCUCGGCCGCCUAGAAAGACGGAUGUAGUGGGCUUUGAAGACGUGGCGGAAGAGCUCAAACAACGUCUGCUUCAAGAAACGGACUAUUUCGAUGUGAUUUCUCUGAUUGGCAUGCUAGGGUUGGGCAAGACAACGCUCGCAUGGAAGAUUUAUAACGAUCAAGGUAUCAACCUAAGGUUCCCCACUCGUAUAUGGGUUUCUGUUUCACAACAGUUCACAGACAAAGAAAUCUUUCUUCGCAUUCUCAAGGAGUUAACCACCCUAGACGAUGAACUGUACGCCAAAAGUGGAAGUGAAUUAGCUGAUAUUGUUGCCGCUCAUCUCCAGCAGGGAAGAUUCCUAAUGGUGUUGGAUGACGUAUGGAGCGAUGCUGAUUGGAGCAGACUUCGCGUGGCUCUGCCACAUAGCGACACAAACCCAAGAGCUAAAGUCUUGCUCACCAGUCGUCAUAAGCAAGUGGGAGUGGUUGCUAGUAAGCCAAGACCUAUCAAGGAGUUGCGUUUCCUUACAGCAGAAGAGAGCUGGGAGCUGUUCCGGUUGGAGGCACUCAGCAAGCUGGAAUGCCCUUAUGAAUUGGAACCAUCCGGACGAAUAAUUGCAGAGAAUUGUGGUGGGCUGCCACUUGCGAUAGUAGUCAUAGGAGGCAUUCUUUCCAAGUCUCUAGACUCAAAUGUGGAUAAAACGAAACGAGAUUGGACAAAAGUGUCCAAACAAGUGAUCUCGUAUAUCGAUUGGGAAGACGAGACAAAGCGCGUGCAAAAGUUCAUUUCUCUGAGUUAUGAGAAUUUACCUCACCACUUGCGCCAUUGCUUUCUCUAUCUGGGGUUGUUCCCAGAAGACUAUGAGAUUUCAGCGUCAAAAUUGAUCCGCAUGUGGAUUGGAGAAGGAUUCAUACAACAAAAAGAUGAAUACAACUCAUUGGAGGAGAUAGGAUACAAGUAUUUGCAGAAUCUUAUCAGUAGAAACUUACUGAGAUCUGCAAAGUUAACUCCUGAUGGCAAUGUCAAAACAUGCCAGAUACAUGGUGUCUUGCGCGACUUCUGCCGGAAAGAAGCUGCUACGGAAAAUUUUCUCCAAGAAAUCAAGUACAACGACAAAGGAAUAUGUGUGGCUCCAACCUCAAACACGUGCCGCCGUCUUUCUAUUCAUUCCAAUUUGUCCCACUAUAUCUCAUCAAAACCUUCUGUUCCUCGUGUCCGCUCAUUUGUUUGUCUUUCCGAUACUAAACAUACCUUGGCUCCACAAGAAAGCGCAAAUGUCAUUCGAGCUUUCAAACUGCUCAGAGUUUUUGAUGUUCAACCCUUGCAAUUUAGCACAGUUGCCAGAGAGUUCUACAAUUUGGUACAUUUGAGGUACAUUGCCAUGUCGUUCACGAUGGAGACACUUCCUUUACAUUUCAGCAAGCUUUGGAACACUCAAACACUUAUCAUUGACACCACAUCUCCAACCCUUAAAGUUGAAGCCGACAUAUGGAAGAUGAAGCAGUUGAGGCAUUUUAAGACAAAAGCCUCUGCUAAGUUGCCCAACUCAACUAGUAGCUCUGAUAGUGCAGACGAGCUUCAAACACUCAGCUUAAUCUCAGUGGAAAGCUGCACUAAGGAACUUCCAAGGCGGGCUCCCAAUCUGAAGAAAUUAGGCAUCCGUGGGAAACUGACCUUGCUUUUCAAAGGAGAGGUUGGAUCUUUUGAUACAUUGAGGAACAUGGAACAUCUUGGAAAGCUGAAACUAGUAAACGAUGAACAACAAGAAUCCGGGGAACUGAACUGCCUGCCUCGAUAUGAUCAAUUCCCAUCCGGACUUACGAGUCUCACACUGUGCUCAACUUCUCUCAGUUGGAUCCACAUCUCUACCCUUGUAUCGUUAGAGAAACUAAAGGUGCUCAAGUUGAAAGAUCGUGCAUUUAUGGGGCACACCUGGGAAGCAAAAGAUGGAUGCUUUCGCUCUCUUGAGUUUUUGCAUAUUGAGCAGACAGAUUUAGCUCUCUGGGAGGCUUCAUCCAAUCACUACCCCAAACUAAGAAGCCUUGUGCUCAAGAACUGCGACAAGCUUCAUAAAAUUCCAAUUGAGCUUGCUGACAUAGCAAGCUUCGAAAUGUUGGAGGUGUCUACUUGCAUCCUUGCAGUUACAUCUGCCAUAGAGAUUUCAGAUAAAGUGAAAAAGAGAGUGGAUGGAGCCUCUGAAUUCACACUCUCCAUCUUUCCUCCUCUUCAUAAGGAUUGAUCAUGUUUUGUUUACCUUGCCAGCAUAUGUAUCCGAUUUCAAGCUUCUUAUCAGGGGCUGGCUUGAAUAACUGUUGUACUUCAAUUUGUUCUCUACGUUGUUGUGUUGAACUAUUUCCCUUUCUUCAAGUAAACCAGCGUGUUCGCUUGGAUUGGAAUAAAUUCUGCACUUUAUCCGGUUCAUAUGUUAAACUGCAGAACAUUGUGUUGUUGUGUUGAAUGAUCAGCUGUUGUUGCAUCUUAAUUAAUAUCUAAAUUUGUAUGUGCUCAACAAUAUUGGAGAUCUUAUUUGGAUACAUUGUCUUGAUUUA